GAGGAGAGGGGGCCGAAUAUAUAAGCCAGGUUGCUGCUGCAGUGCUCGGUCGGAGAUUGUCGGCAGCCGCUUUCGGGAAGGCAGAGGAUCUUGGGACGGGCAAGGACAGCGGAUAAUCUAUUUCGCGACUCGGCGCUCGGUCAAGGUCAGCGCCUAUCGCUUCUGACAAGCCAGGACCCACUCCCAUCUUUUUGCCCCGCCGACAAAGCCAAGAAGCGCAGCCGGACGGCCCCACCCUUCACCCCGCAGUCCCUUCGGCCAGCGGAAUGACUCGCGCGGCGUUUUUCGCAGCCUUCCUCCUGGUAGCCCCAGUCAUUUCACUUCCAGUAAUAAAUCCAACAACUCAAGAUGACACCAAGGUGAUGACAUGCAUUGCCGAGGUUAUUUCUAAUACAGUAGCGAAGCCAAAACCACUUUCAAUCAGCCAAGAAUGCCUAGAAACUCUCCAAGGAGAUGAAAGAAUUCGCUCCAUCCUUCGCCAUCAAAACUUACUAAGGGAGCUUCAAGAGAUUGCAUUUCAAGGAGCAAGUGAAAGAACAGAGCAGCAGAAGAAAAACAGUGGCUUUGAAGAUGAGCUUUCUGAAGUCCUUGAAAGCCAAGGCAAUGGGAACACAGAAAGAGAUCCAUCAGAGGACACCCACAAUGAGAAGCCAACGGCCUCUUUGGCCGAGCUGGAAGCAGAAAAGUCUUUUCAGAGUAAACAGGAUGUUUUGAAAGAGGAGGAGAGGAAUAGCUUGGAAGAGAGAGAGCCAAGGAGUCAAGAUGUUGAUCCUGAUGAUGAAAAGGAGAACAUAGCAGGAUUUGAGGGCAAUGAAGUUGAUGAAAUGGAAGGAUUGCCUUGGAGUGAUACAAUGGACAAUCACAUCAGUGACAUCAGAGAAGAUGAUGUACUUAAGCAGACACAGCAGGAAGUUGAAGAAGUUGCAGGGACAGAGGAAUCUGAGGAUGAGAAGGAGCAUGUUUUCAAAGAGAGUCAAGAGGAAAGGAAGGAAGAAGAAGUUGACAAGAUCAGAGAGCAAAUUGAGAAGGAAGAAGAAGAGGAGGAGGAGGAGGAAGAAGAAAAGGAUGAAGAAGAAGAGAAAGAGAGGAAUGCUUCUGAAGAGGAACAUCCUACCACUUCAGAUAAUGUGGAUGAUCAAAGGGAAGAUGAUAAUCAAGAUGAUGACAAAAAUAUCUCAGAAGAUACAGAUAAGUAUCAUAGUGUGAAAAGUGCAGGGCAUCAUUUUCUAGAUGGAACAAGACAGGAUGAUGACUCCCCCCCUGACAGCAAUUCCAAAAGCGAAGAGAUGGAAAAAAAACCUUUCCAAGAUGUAGAAGAUGCUAAGAGAUGGAACAAGAUGGAUGAACUGGCCAAACAACUGACUACUACAAAGCGUGCAGAGGAGAAUGAAAGUGAUGAAGAUCCAGAUAGAUCCAUGAAAAUGGCUGUCAAAUCCCACGACACACGUGACCUCCAUAGCUCUCCAGAAGAUGAAGCAAGGCGGCUGCAGAAGCAUCAUUCAAAAGAGGACAGCGAACAAGGUUUUCCACUUCUUCCCAUCCCUGAAGAAAAGAAGGAUGAAGAAGGAAGUGCAAACAGGAGGACAGAGGAGCAAGAACUGGAAAGCUUGGCUGCAAUUGAAGCGGAACUGGAGAAAGUUGCUCGCAAGCUCCAUGCCCUGAGAAGAGGUUAAUGCACCAUAACAUGGGAGCAAGACACCAGAAAUGUUGGAUCACUGUUUUAAACACUGCAUUUUAUUUUAAAACAAUAAAGUAAUAAUGGAGGAGGUGAUUUUUUUUGCAAAAGCCUGUAUUGCAACAA